AUUGACACGGCAACGGAGACGACACGGUUUAGUAGUGAUUAGAAAUCUGCUGCUUGUAUAUAUUUAUUAUUACUUCUUUUCCCUCUUUAACAUCUCCGGGCCACGACGUUAGGCUUGAAGCGCAGACGAUGAACGGAUCAGUGGCCAAAAAGACGCAGGAAACUCUGGGGAAAGUGAUCAAGAAACCUCCUCUGACUGAGAAGCUGCUGAGCAAACCGCCUUUCCGUUACCUGCACGAUAUAGUGAGCGAGGUGAUUCGCACCACAGGCUUCAUGAAGGGCCUUUAUGGAGAAGCAGAGAUGAAGUCAGACAAUGUCAAGGAUAAAGACUCGAAGAUAGCGUUCCUGCAGAAGGCCAUAGACGUAGUGAUGCUGGUGAGUGGGGAACCCAUCGCUGCUAAGCCUGCACGCAUAGUGGCUGGCCACGAACCCGAGAAAACCAACGAGCUACUCCAGACCAUCGCCAAGUGCUGCCUUAACAAGCUCUCUAGUGAUGAAGCUGUAAGACAUGUCCUAGCUGGGGACAAAGUGGAUAUAAAGGGGAAAGCGAGCACCUCCAGGUCUCACGGCAAGGAGAACAGAGAAGAGAAGAUUAAAGAGAGCAGUGUGAACACUGAGCAGAAAGACCCAGACCAACCCAAGGACCAGGAGAGCAGGAGAAGGAGUGAGAAAGAGCGACACAGAGAUGGAGAGAGGCCCGAGAAAGCUCGGGAGAGAGACAGGACAAAGGACAGAGAUCGGGAUAAAGACAAAAGCCAUGAUAGGGAUAAAGAAAAAGUCAGAGAUAAAGAGAAGGACCGUGACAGAGAUAAUGAAAAGGACCGAGAUAGAGACCGAGACCUAGAGAAAGAGAAGACCCGAGACAGAGAAAGGGAUAGGGAAAGGACCAAGGACAAAGAACGAGAGAAAAACAGAGAGCGAGAUUCACACAAGGACAGAGAACGAGUGCGGGACAAGGACAGAGACCGUGAGCGUGACAAGCGGAGAGACCGAGGCAAAGAGCAGGACCGAGGAAGAGAGAGAGAGAUUCAGAAGGAGACAGAAGAAAAGAAAAAGGAGAAAGGGGAGAAAAAGUCCCGAGCUGCAGAGGAAGUAAUCAAGCAAAAACCUCACCCCAAGGAGCCGAACAGAAAUCACAAAACCGAACCAGCAGAGACUGAAAGAGAUGACAUAGAUGAGGUCCCUGAGGCACAAGAUGAUCAGCCAUCAGAUGCUUCUCCACACCAGCUGGAUAGUCCUGCCAGAAUACCCAGGCCUUCCUCUGCCAAGGGACAGAGACGCAGGCCUAAAUCUGGAGCGCCAGACGAAUCCGAUAGUGAUGGAGCAAGCGACAAUGCUACGGCGGAUAAACCUGUUCGUCUUGAAAAUGGAGAUGCAUCAGAUGUUUUGGCACACCGUACAUCCCACAACAGCAGCAACAGAAGGAUAACACGGCCCAGUAGUGCGAGACCAGCCCCUCCCCGAGUAAGGAGGCAGGAGAGCUACACUGACGCAGGCCCAGUGGAGCGACUGGGCAGUGCCAAACCUCCCCCUGCAGUCAUCGUGGAUGGCAAAAAGCUUUCAGAUGAUGAAGAUGAUGAGGAUGGGCAGUUUGUGGUGGAGGAGGCAGGUCCACUUCCCCCUGACAUGCCUGAGCUAGAGAUGGGGCCAUCAGUUGACUUACAAGGUGACGAGAAACACGGUGGCCUUGUGAAGAAAAUCCUAGAAACUAAGAAGGAUUAUGAAUCAUCACCCUCAGCUCUGAAGUCAAAAGACCAGGAGCGGACGCCGGUAUUGGAAGCUGCUCGUAAGAAGGAGCGAGAGUUAUUGGCCCGGGAGAUCGAGCGUCUGCGAACGUCCGUCCAAAGUGUAUGUCGCAGCGCUCUACCUCUAGGCAAGAUCAUGGACUACAUCCAGGAGGACAUGGACUCCAUGCAGAACGAGCUGCAGAACUGGAGACGUGAAAACAAAGAACAUGCAGGGGCUCUGCUGCAGGAACAGAGGAUCACCGACAGUGCUGUGAAGCCCCUAAAGGCUGAACUGUCUGAACUGGAGCAGCUCAUUACGGAACAGCAGGACAAGAUCUGUGCCAUCAAAUCCAACAUCCUUCAGAACGAGGAAAAAAUUCGCAAAAUGGUGUCUAGCAUCAACAUCUCUCAAACAUGAACGAAGCAAUAAAAUAAAGCUUUCUACACACAGGA